CUCUUCAGCCUUCAUCUGUUACUGGCGUGUGUCGCUCACUGGCAUCGCGAUGGAUGACGCUCGGUACGGCGAGAGCGGGAGUCCGGAGCCUCUCUUCAGACUAGCGGCUGCACUUCCUGAGAAGAAGGAGGAGGAGGAGGAGGAGGAGGAGGAGUAGUAAGCAAACAGAUCCGGUGGGAUAGAGUGAGUUACGCAAUGCCCACCACGGGCAAUCAGCGGGAAGAACGAGUGCGCGUCUUAAACUUUUAAAGGUUUCCAACGCUACGAGCUAUAAAGUGCACUUGGUGAUUUCUGUGCUAAUUUAAAAAAGUUUUACGUGUAAAGAAGCAAUAGUGCCUUUGAGUGAUGCAGUCAUAAUUAGUAUCUUUUCUGUCUUCUGGAAGCUAGGCUAAUUUACAGACAUAGGCUGUAAUACUAAAUAUAAUAUAACCUCUAAUUUAUAUUUAAUUCAUACAUUUAAUACUUUUUUCAUUCAUAGAUUUAUACUGUAAAUUGCAGCAAAAUAUUUCAAUUAUUACACAAUUAGAACUACCUUAUAUUUUAUGAUUGCACUGUUAAACACACAUAUUGAUAACAUGAUAACUGUUGUUGUGUUUUUACAGUUCUUGCACAAAAUAAAGAUUCCACUCAUUGACUAGUAAGAGAGCUAUAUGCUCCCUUGUUACAAAUUAUCAUAAUUCUUAACUCUGUUGCAACAAGGUCAGAUUCUGCGUACUUUUUUGAGGUGAAAAGUCUAAAUAGGUAAUUAUGAGAAAUACUUGAAGGAAACUGGGGGAUUUCCUAGGACUGUCAAGUAAAGCAUUUCCUGUGUGGUUAAGAGGUUAAGAGAAAUUAUCUUUGAUCUUUUUUGUCGCUAAUAAAAAAGCAGACCUGUCUGCACGAAUACUGCUGAAUUUACACAGUCUCACUUCCAAAGAGUUGGCUGGAGUUGGUAAACAUUAGAACGGGGGUGCCUUGGAAGAAAGUGGCCCUAUACAGUUCUGAAGACUGGGCUGCCACACCCACAUCCAAACCCCAGGAUGUUAAAACAUCAAUACCAGUACAGGGUAAAGUGACCACAGUCAGCAUAAAAGGGCAAAUCCAACACUUCCAACUUCUCCUCCUUCCCACGACACUUUACCUAUAAUGUUUUUUUUUUUUUUUUUUGGUAAGAAUUGUGGAAAGUACCAGGUACUGAACUACAAUUACCUGUGUUUUGCUGAGAAGACACUGAUUUCCCCUUUGACUUACCACAUCAGUGUCCCACUUAUGCAGGAACAAGAGACUUCUUACCCAAGAAAUUACAUUUAUUUGCCUAAGCAUAAGAAUAUAUUUUUACAGAUGUGGCUGUGAGCUCAGUCUUUAAUUGGGGGGCUAUAGUAAAUUUGUGCACGUUCUAAACUUUUGACUCUAGGGAUUCCCUUGUAGGCCAGAGUCAUAACGAUUCAAAAUAAAGCUUAGGUCAGUUAACAUCAGAUGCAUAUUUUUGUCCACUUUAGUCAUUCUGCAUGCUACAAAAAUGCAAUUUCAUCACUCAAAAGUUAAAGAAAAGUGCAGCAAAUCAAAACACAUCAAAGUCCUUGUCAUCUUCCUUCCUUGUCUGAAUUUAAUAGGUGGCUGAAAUGUCCAAAUUUGUGCUUUUGCAUCAAAAGAUCAAAAGGUAUCACUGAAAAUCUAGUGUUGAGAAACUACCUUCUUAUUACAAAACCACUUCCUGUGGAACCAACAGGCAUAAAGUUCAGAGCAAGGGUGGAUGAGCACUGUGCUGGAUGGUGGUUCCUUUUCUAAUUUUUGUUGUUUUUGGCAUGGUUUUGACAAAUUUAGAGCAAUGUUAUUGACUGAACACGAUAAUAAACACAAUGUAAUGUCAGAAAAGACUGAUCUCAAAAUCCGAGGGUAUACUUGCAUACAAAUGUUAAUGAAUAAAAGUAAUCUACAUGUUUAGUGUUAUUACAAAUACAUAGAAUUGUGUAACAUAAAAUAAGAUAUGAGAGGUAAGAGUAAAAUCUCAUCACAUUUUUGUUUCUGACAUUGAAUGUAAAUUAACUACAAAUAUACAUGAUUGCUCAACCUAUCCAUGCUCUUCAUCACGUAAGGAGAUACAGCUACACAAUAACUGAGUGGUAACUAAAGAAGGAGGGAACAUUACACAUAGUACAUGUGAUAAUGAAGACGCAAAAAGAAAAAAAAAAUUCUGGGAACUCUUGUUGCCUCAGAAAGCUGGCCACGUCAUUUCCUUCCAAUGACAAAUGUGCGGUUUCAGUCUUUAAAAACUUUUUCAGAGUUGUGAUCAUGACCAGUUUGAAACUUUGUCUGUGAACGGAGAAUGAAUUGUCAUGUUAGGAACAUGGUCUGCCUAUCUCAGAGAUCACAAGCAAAAUUCAGAAUAAUCCUCCCUAUCCUAAUCUUGAUUGCUGUUGAGUUAGUGCAUCCAGCAAUGUCAUGCAAGCAUGAGAACUGCAGCCAACUUCUUCACCGUAGUCUGAAGCUCACUAAGUCAAUGGCCAAAAGGUCAGCAGAGCUCUUAGAAACAUAUAAAACCAGUCAAGGAGAUUCUGCGGACCUGAUCUGUGAUAUGCAAAUGGACAAUGUUCCAGUAUCAACCAUCUCUGGCCAGACCAUGUCAGAGCGCAUCUUGAGUGUUUAUACCCACCUGAAAGAGUUUCUUCCGCACAUGAAGACAGUGAAGGAGCAGCAGAAAGACUUAAAUCCUCCAACAAACCUUGUGGUGGAGGGGCUUCACAGUAUGAUUACACAUGUUUGCCACAUCGCUCUGAGGGUGAACUGUAUCUUACAAAUCUUGCAGCCAAAUAUACCCAUUCCUGAGCCAGCUGAAAGGCCAACGGGAAUCCCCCCCGCGCAAAAUAUUUUCCAGCAGAAAGCCUAUGGAUGCAUUGUUCUAUCUCGUCUUCAGGAGCUCCUUAGCCAAGCAGUUCAAGAACAGAAGUCUCUUAAGGGAAAAUUGUGCAGAAAGAGGAACAAAAAUGGUUAUUGAUGAACUCUGUUCUGUAGCAUAAAACAAUAUUGACGUAAUUUAUUCAUAUUUAUUUUUGUACAUCUAUAACUG